UUCUUUCUUAAAAAACUUGCAAUCUUUCUAUGCUUGUCUUUCACUUCCCUUCUUCACAGUCUUUUCUUUUUGACUCCCCAUUUCACCACUUCCGCCACCAAAUCCCCCAAACAACUUUCUCUCUCUCCAAACUAAUUUCUGGGACUCGCUUCGUUGAUUUGUUGAUUUAUUUAUUUUUUAAGUUCCACCAAACUCUUUAUUUUCUCGCUAUAUAUUCUCUCUCAGUUUCUCUCUCUUUCCUCUCUCUUUCUCUCUCGCCAGAGAUUCUUUCGUUAAUACAGAUCAAGGUUUGGAUGCUAAGUGAAGAAGGGAAAUGGAUAAGCAACUUUUGGAGAUUGAGCCAAAGGAACUUAGAUUCGUAUUUGUGUUGAAGAAGCAAUGCUCCUGCUCGAUUACACUUACAAAUAAAACUAACCAAUAUGUUGCUUUCAAGGUUAAAACUACAUCUCCUAAGAAAUACUGCGUGCUGCCUAAUAUUGGUAUUAUUAUGCCAAAAUCAGUAUGUGAUUUUAAAGUUACCAUGCAAGCUCAGCGUGAAGCUCCUCCUGAUAUGAUAUGUAAAGAUAAGUUCUUAAUUCAAAGCACAGUUGUACCGGCAGGGACAAGUGAUAAAGACAUUACAUCUGCCACAUUUGUCAAGGACAGUGGAAGAUAUAUUGAAGAGAACAAGCUUAAGGUUGCCCUUGUCAGCCCUCCUCAUUCGCCAGUAUUAUCACCAAUUAAUGGCCCGAUGAAUCAGGGAAUAGACUAUGAUGCUUCAAUACCAAAAGAGCCAAUACUAAGUACACUUGGGAUUCUUGCACCACUGCAGAGGUUUGCUGAGGCUGAGGAGUCAAAGAUGAUAAAUUUUGAGGAUAAGCCAACAAAGAAUGUGGAGUGGAAGCCAAGGAAGGAUACAUUAUAUGCGGAGGAUUUAAAGCCAAAGAAGGAUGCAGAGCUGAAGCCUAAGAAUGAUGUUAAUGGUGAGGACUUAAAAUUAACAAAAGAUUCAGAGCUGAAGCCAAAGAAUAGUUUUGUCAAUAGCAAGGAGUUAAAGCCAGUGAAAGAUGUGGAAUCAAAGCCAAUGGAGGAUAUAAUUGAUACUGAGGAAUUAAAGACAGUGAAGGAAAAGGAGUUCAAUGCAUUGAAUGAUGGCGAGGUGAAAACAUUGCAGACUGUGAAGGAGCUGAAGUUUGCCAAAGACUUGGAGGAAAUGAAAUCAAAACUAAAUGACCUUGAAUCUAAGCUAGGAAAGGCUGAAGCUACCAUUUCAAAACUGACAGAGGAGAGGAGGUUAAGCACUCAAGAGAGGAAGAUCCUACAAGAGGAACUUGUCUGCUAUAAACCCUUUCCAGCACAGUUCUCCUGAUUUCUAUUCAGGGUGGGAUAAUGGCCUUCUCAUUAGGAGAUGCUUAGAAUUGGAGAGAUAAAGAAGUGUGUGGGAGAGGUGGAGGGCGAAUUUCGGUUCUACUUAGUACCCUUCUUUUUCUAAUCAUAUAGGAAAAGAAGUUAAAACUAGGAGUAUAAACGAACAGAACGUUAUGCGAAUAGUUUGUAAACAGACUUGUUUUUUUCCCUUUAUUAAACUUAACAAAUAAUUAUAAAUAAUAUUUCAAGAUCCGUUAAUUGAAUGAACAAAUCACAAAUAUAUCAAAGUUCAUUCAUGUUUGAUUAAACAAAUCGAGCAUUUAACGAACAGUUUGUGAAUACGCUUGAUUCUGUUUGUUUAUUAAGCUUAAUAAACUAUCACAAACAAAUAGAUGACGAACAUAAUAAACUUCAUUCAUGUUCGGUUUAUUUACACUCUUAGAUAAAAACUCCAUAUCAUAGAAUUCUGAACCAGUCACCUGAAACCUGUUUGCUUUAAAGUUAUAAACUUAGACCGAAAGG